UACACGCAAUCGCCCGCGUUAGCGAGCUAUAUGAUUCGCGACCAUUUCUUCGUUUCUCACUCUCUCCAUUUACCUUCCAAACCUACAAACAACAACAACAACAACAAGUUCAUCAUCAACACAAACGCGAAUACGAGAAUCACAACAACAAAGACUUGGAAACUUGAAGAACUCGUUGAUAUGAGACCACUGAACUGAUCGCACCUUAAUUACUCUCCAAAAUAGAAGGUCCCACUAUAACUUAGAAAAUUCAGACAUUUAACUGCAAGCUGACAUGGGCUGCAGCUGCUUUGGUGGCUCCCUUGUACGCCGGAAAAAGGAUGAUGCUCAUGGCGAUCAAGACUUGGAAGGGCAACCGCUUGAGAACAUAAAAACUUUCUCGUACAACGAAUUGAGAACCGCUACAGAUGAUUUUCAUCUAAGAAAUAAGAUAGGGCGAGGAGGUUUUGGAACAGUGUACAAGGGAAUCCACAAAGACGGCACACAAAUUGCUGUGAAGACACUUUCUGCUGAAUCAAGGCAGGGGGUGCGGGAGUUUCUGACAGAGAUUAAAACAAUAUCGAAUGUCAAGCAUCCAAACCUCGUGGAGUUAAUCGGAUGCUGUGCUCAAGGAGCUAACCGGGUUUUGGUUUACGAAUAUCUGGAAAAUAACAGCCUUGAUUACACAUUGUUGGGACCAAAUAGAACUGUAAAACUGGACUGGGGAAAAAGAUCUGCCAUUUGCACAGGCACAGCUAGAGGGCUUACAUUUCUUCAUGAAGAACUUGUGCCCCAUAUAGUGCAUAGGGACAUUAAAGCCAGUAAUAUACUUCUUGACCAAAACUUCACACCGAAAAUUGGAGACUUUGGGUUGGCGAAACUUUUUCCGGAUAACAUCACACACAUUAGCACGAAAAUAGCAGGAACAACUGGUUAUUUGGCACCUGAAUAUGUACUGGGCGGUCAAUUAACAUUGAAAGCCGAUGUGUACAGCUUUGGGGUCCUCAUACUUGAAGUAGUAAGUGGCAAAAGUAGUUCGAGGGCAAACUGGGGAGGGAUGCAGAAGUUUCUCCUGGAAUGGGCAUGGGAGCUUUAUAAAGAAGGGAAACUCUUAGAGCUAGUGGACCCAGAAAUGGACGAAUUCCCGGAGGAAGAAGUCAUGAAGUACAUGAAAGUAGCCUUUUUCUGCACCCAAGCAGCAGCAAACCGAAGGCCAAUGAUGAGCCAAGUUGUUGAAAUGCUUUCAAGAGACAUCCGGCUCAAUGAGAAGCUACUUACAGCCCCGGGCAUCUUCCAGGAUUCAGGGUUGGCUUCACCAAGUAAAAAGUCAUCCGAAAGCUCUACUAGCUAUCAAAUGAGCUCUGUCCCCAUCACCAUCACCCAGGUCACCCCUAGAUAAAAAUUGGAGUCGAUACUGUUUUUGAAAAAGCCUCGAGGACAGAGACAUGGCAUGCUUCAAUUAGGCCUCGUUUGGGAACAUGCUAAUUUAGUAACUUUUUGGCUAUUUGGCUAAAAUAUGAGCUAAAAAAACCAGUAUGUUUGGGAUGACUUUUUGACUUUUUACGAAAAAAUGUGCAAAAAGUAGAGAGAAAAUAGAAUCUUUUAUUUUUUGGUAUGGAUUGUUGGCUUUUUGAUUUUUUAGUGAUUUUUUGACUUUUUGGCUAAACGGGACGCUUCCCAAACGAGACCUUAGUAAAGCUAUGUGCACAGAAUCCGUGCUCAGAAUGAUAAUGUGGUUGAGCUCUCGUACAGUAAAGCAUAUGUCUUAAAUGAAUCUUGACUAUAAAUUGAAUAUUCUCGGUGUCUUUUUUGUAUAUGAAUUCUGUGUACGUGGCAUUGCUAUGUCUCAAUUCAACAGGAAGAGGCCUUUAAAGCCGUACGAGUAUAGGAAGAAUUUUUUCUUUUUAUUUUUUAACACAUCAAGCUUUAGUGUACAUCUCUUUUCCCCCUCAUAAUAUACGUUCUUCAUUUUUAGGAUUUUUUGGGGUCUGCCAUUGAGUUUGAGGGAAGAAAGGGAGGCUAAAUUAGCUUUUGGGUAGAAGUGUUUUAUGUGAAUAUUUUGUGAAGUUCAACAGAUUAAUUUGUAUUGGUGGUAAAUUAUUUGAGAAA